AUUAUCUAACACAUUAACAUUCAAAUCAAAGCUCUAAAAAUGGUGAAUCGCCAACGAAAAAAUAAAUUAAAAUUUUUCAAUCAAACUCCUAGAGUUUUGGAGCCUUCAAAGAAAGCAAAUCCAAUGGAUAUGCUAGAUCAGGCCAUGAAAGUUUACUUUGAAGAGGGCAUACUUAUUGACAUUAUCAGCAGGUUACCUGUGCAGUCUGUUCUUCGAUUUAAAUGUGUUUCAAAAUUUUGGAAAAUAUUAAUUGAUGAGCCAUAUUUUAAGAUGAGACAUCUUAACCAUGCAAAGAAUGAUCAGAAUUCUAAAACUUUUCUAUGUUACCAACAAUGCUUUGGGGGAUUUGACCAUCCCAUAUACUCUUGUUCUUUAUGGUCGACUCAGUUGGUUAAGGAUACCCAUAAACUAAAUUUACCUCUAAACAUUGAACCAGAGUAUUUUACAAUCUCCAAAGGUUGUGAUGGCUUGUUUAUUAUUAAUGUUUUCAAAAAUACUGUUAAGAACAACAUACUUUUGUUAUGGAAUCCCUCAACGAGAGAAUCAAUGGAACUUCCCGUUCCAGAAUUUUCACUUGGACUAUCUUCAUGUUUGGGAUUGAGUGUUGAUUCAAGCGGUGACUAUAAGAUUCUAAAAAUCGAGGGAAAUGAAUUUGGUGAUCGGAAAGUGCCUGGUGAAAUUUUUUCACUAGAAAAUAAUUCUUGGCGAAAAAUUGGUAAACAUCCUCGUGUCACUCGCAAUAAGGUGCCUGCUGUGGAUUCUCUGGCAUUUAUACAUGGGGCAUUUCAUUGGAUAGGUAUUAAUUCAAAAACCUACUUUGUGGUUUCAUUUAAUAUUUCUCAUGAAGUGUUUGGAGAGAUAUCAUUGCCAAAGGACAUAGGCUCGUUGAACACAAGUAAUGUUGACAUUUCUAUAUUGGAAGGAAUGCUUUGUGCUUAUUCUAAUAUGCAUGAUCAGAAAAUGCGUACUUUUAAGGUAUGGGUAAUGAGAGAUUAUAAUCUCAAGGAAUCUUGGAAUGCAAUAUUAUCUAUAGAGGAUCGUUAUCUUCUUAAAGCCACGCCAAAAUAUAGGUUUGCAAAUGGUGAAAUAUUAUUCAUGUGCGCACAUUUACAUGGUAGGGACAUUCAAUUUAGGACAAAAAGUGGACCCUUUUGAUUAUUGCCUCGAGGUAAAUUUCUGAAUGGGUUCACAUACACAGAAAGCUUUCUUUCCAAGAUUAUUUACUUAGUAUUUAUUCAUGUAUGAUCGAGAAACUUUUCAUUUUUCUAGUAUCAUGUAACAUUUUCUUAUUUUUAUUAAUUUAUUUAUAAACUUUUUAGUUUCUAA